AUGGAUGCUAGGAGUGAAGAAAUUAGGCAAAGGCAGGAGGAGGCCGACCGGGGACAUCGUGAGGCUACACUUGUUGUAGAAGCAGCCACUCAGUUGACCCAGGCCAAUGCCCAGACUGCAGCACGAGGAGAAACCGCACAAGGUACAAGGAAUAAUAAUGCAGGACGGAGGACAGCUGGAAGAACCAAUUCUCGAGGUCCAGACAGAAGUAGGAGUAACCCCCCUAGUCAGGAGGAUGAUGGGGUCCACUCCGGAACUUCCUCGACCCAAAGGGAGAACUCUAGAACUCCCUCCAGGAGCCACCAAUUAGAAACUUCUAGAUCGGGAAGCGAUCGGUCAGGCAAUAGCCACCAUACUAAUCGGUCAAAGGAUAAAAAAGGCAAUGACCCACAAGGAGGAAAGGAUAGCCCUGGACGUGCCGAAAUGCCUCCAGUACAUCCUGGGCAGCAACGUAGUGAGAGAGAGCAAGUCUCGUGCAGUAAGCCUUCUGAAAAGUCUAAGAGCACAGUAUUUGAUCAGUUAGGAGGACACACUUCCCGGAAGGAUUUAAGGGAUGUCAUCAGUGACAAAAUAAGGACCGUCCCGGUUGAAGGGUGA